AUGGGCAGCGUUCUGGAAAAGAACUCCUCCAGUGUCAGGAAGCGCAUUGAGAACCAUACCUUUGAAGAUGAAAAUGGAGAAGAAUAUGAGGGCAGCAAGUUCAACGGCUUCGGAGACUACUUCCGUCGCAAGAAGAUUAAGCUCCAGAACAAGGAUGCGGAGAUGAGAUCAACCUCGGACAAGCCGCAGAUAUUCAAGGGCAUUGUUGCGCAUGUCACUGGCUAUACGCAGCCUCCCCUGCAUGUUCUUCAUCGCGACAUUGUUCAACAUGGCGGUGGGUUCCUACAGUACCUAGAUUCCAAGACUAUGGCAACGCACAUCAUCGCCUCUACGCUGCCACCAAAGAAAAGCGUUGACUAUAGUCGCUAUCGAAUUGUGAAGCCGGCAUGGAUCACAGAGUCCAUUGCAGCCGGCAAGCUGUUGCCGUGGAGCGACUAUCGCGUGCUUGACGAAGGAUCCCGUCAAAAAGUCCUCAGGUUUGAUGGCUCCAAGGGCCUUUCUCAAGCCAGCCCUACGCCGAGACGGGGAUAUCGAGAACAGACCGACAACAGCUUCUAUACGUCUCAACUACAAGCAUCAGGCCCUGUUACUGAAGCAUGGAGCCAGGCAGUCGAGCAAUUGCAGACACCAAGCCGGUCCGUUUCCAGUGAGGCAAAGUCUGCCGACGGAGACCUGUCAAGCGCGAUGAAGUCAACAGAUUAUGCGACACCGUCAACAGAAGUUGCCAUUACGGACUUACCGGAGUUGCCACCAGAAACGGACACGCCGACCAAGGCCGCUCUUCCACAAAAGGAUUCUUCUGCACAUGCCAAAGCGCCCAGGGAAUUCUCCACGGACAUGACUCCAGAAGAGCACAAUGCCUGGCUCCUCUCGGAUCCCCGCCUGCGUGAAUCGUCUUGCGCCAAUCCAAAUUUCUUGACCAAAUUUUAUGCCGAAAGUCGAUUACACCACCUCUCAACCUGGAAAGCCGAGCUCAAGUCGUCCAUGCAACGUCUUGCCGCAGAAAAGGGUCUAUCCGAAAAGAAGUUCAAGACACGCCCUGGGGCAAGACGCUACAUCAUGCACGUCGACUUUGACAGCUUUUUCUGCGCAGUGUCAUUGAAAAAGUUUCCUGACUACAUCGACAAGCCUGUCGCUGUGGCGCACGGCACAGGAAAUGGCUCCGAAAUUGCAAGUUGCAACUAUCCUGCCAGAAGCUUCGACGUGAAGAACGGCAUGUGGAUGAAGCGCGCAUUAGAGCUAUGCCCUGAUCUCAAGGUUUUACCAUACGACUUUCCAGCAUACGAAGCGGCAAGCAGGGCCUUUUAUGAGGCCAUCAUGACGGUUGGAGGAGUGGUACAAAGCGUCAGUAUCGACGAAGCUCUUAUCGACGCGACGGCUAUCGUACAUCAUGCUGCUGGCUCACAAGGCGUUGGGGUGGAGGAAGGCAGUGUUUGGAGAGAGCAAGAAAAGGUUGAAGCUAUCGCCACUGACCUGCGACAGAGAAUCAAGGAGCUGACGGGAUGCAACGUGUCGGUGGGCAUCGGUGGCAAUAUCCUGCAAGCCAAGGUAGCCUUGCGAAAAGCCAAACCUGCGGGGCAGUUCCAGUUGAAACCAGAAGAAGUUCUCAAUUACAUUGGUGAGCUCAAGGUUGAGCAGCUGCCCGGGGUUUCAUACAGUAUCGGAGGUAAGCUCGAAGAAUUGGGCAUCCGGUUCGUGAAAGACUUGCGCGAACUGUCCAAAGAGAGACUCACGUCAGUUCUUGGUCCCAAAACUGGGGAGAAACUCGCCGAGUUUGCUCGCGGCAUCGAUAAGACUGAAGUCGGCGGCCAGCCCCCUCGGAAGUCGGUCUCAGCUGAAGUGAGCUGGGGCAUUCGUUUCGUCACGCAACAAGAGGCUGAAGAUUUCGUCCUCAAUUUGUGUAAAGAGCUGGAGCGACGUCUUUUGAAUGAACAAGUCAAAGGACGCCAUCUUACAGUCAAAAUCAUGCGCCGCUCGCUCGAUGCGCCGCUCGACCCUGCCAAGCACCUUGGCCAUGGCAAGUGCGAUACGUUCAACAAGAGCGUUCCUUUCGGAGUCGGAACACACAACGCUGAGUCUGUCGGCAAGGAAGCCAUAGCGGUCUUGAGAUCGUACAGGUUCAGCCCUGGUGAUUUGCGUGGGCUUGGUCUACAGAUGACCAAGCUGGAGCCAAUCAAGCAAGGUAUUGCAGCCUCCGAUGGCAGCCAAAAGAGGCUGGAGUUCACCUUUGUCAAUCCAACAUCAGCAAAGAGGAGCAGCGGCGCUGAAUCGAUUGAAGACCCUGAUUCCCUUCAGCGACCGAAGUUUGUGGAGAGAUCUAGUUCUAAGGAUGACCCCAUCACGGACGGUCCUUUAACGCCAAGGAAACCGAGGGUGCAUCCCGCAAUGGCGCUGGCCAAAGGAAGGGAAGAUGACAUCAAGGCAAACACGCCGCUCAACGUCGCAGGUACCCAGUUUCUGAUACCAAGCAACAUUGACCCAGCUGUGAUGGACGAAUUGCCAAACGACAUUCGCAGUAAACUGAUGGGGCAGAAAUCCAAGGCAUUUAGCCCAGACGUGGAUACACAGCCCAAGUCGCGCUCUGAAAGUCCAGCAGCCAUGGACUUUUUGCCUUCACAGGUGGAUGCUGAAGUUUUCAACGCGCUCCCGGAAGAUAUGAAAGCAGAAGUGUUAGCUCAGUAUGGCCGUAAACCAGCGGCUCGGCCAUCCCCUAGGAAAAAUACCCAAGUAGCGAGGAAUCCAUCCACCCCUACGAAGCGAGGCGGGAUCAGGGGCAUGAUGAGCAAGGCGCAGAGGGAACGUGAUGCACGCGCUGGUGUGGUUCAGACCAGUUUUGUGACAGGACACCCUAUCGGCAAUGGUUUUACGGACGAAUUGGGGGAGCUGGACCCCGAGUUCCUGGCCGAAUUGCCCGAAGAUGUGCGAAGAGAAGUCAUGGCAGACCACAAACGCCAGAAGCUGGCGCAACGAUCCGGGCUUGACGCGGCAUCGCGCCGGCCAGCCCACACAGAAGCGUCCGGCAGCGGACUACUCCCUGGUCGUCAGAGGCGCAUAGAGUUCCCCGCGCGGCCGCCCAAGGUUUCGUUUUCCAGCACCGGCGUGAGCUCCACGGCGGAGAUGAAGGACUUGCUCGACGCCUGGCACGCGGACACGCGCAGCGACGGCCCGCAUCGGGGCGACGUGGAGGUAUUCGAGAGGUACCUAGCACGGGUGGUGGGCGAGGAGCGCGAUAUGGACAAGGCGGCGACGCUCGUCCGGUGGCUGGACGUGCUGGUGGAACAGGACGGCGACGGGGGCUCUGGCCGAGCGGCGUGGCGGAAGAGCAUGGAGGGGAUCAAGGAGGCACUGCAGGAAGCGCUGCGGAAGCGUGGUCUCGGGCCCGUGUAA